GUCAUAACUAAACCAAAAAUGACAUUUUGAUUUACUAAUAAAUAUUUUUUAACUUAUCGGAAAUACGUUUGGAUUGGGAUGUGUGGCGAUGUCGCGUUGGAUCAAGAAUAAUCUUGCAAGACUCUCUUCGCUGUCACAAAUCACCAACAGCAACCCCUCCGCCUCCAAGAUUAUGGAAGUGGAAGUAAAGCUCCGGCUGCCGGACUCCACCGCCCAUCAGAAACUUUCCGAUUUACUCUCUCCUUACCACACCAAAACCCACCUCCAACAAAACCUUUUCUUCGACACCCCAUCACUCUCCCUCGCCACCACUCACCUCGCCGCCCUCCGCCUCCGCUUCUACGACCUCGACUCCCACGCCAUCCUCUCCCUCAAAGCCAAACCCGUCAUUGCCGCCGGAAUCAGUCGCAUAGAGGAGGAAGAAGAGUUCCUAGACCCCUCCCUCGCCCGCGCUUGCGCCGCGGAGCCAUGGCGGUUCUCCACCAUCGAGAAAUCCAGAAUCUUGAAGAGAGUAAAUGAAGAAUUCGGGGUUGAUCUAAUGGAACUCGUGUCUCUUGGAGGGUUUAGAAAUGUGAGAGCUGUUCAUAAGUGGAAUGGUUUGAAAUUGGAAUUGGAUGAAACUCAGUUUGAUUUUGGGGUUAAUUAUGAGAUUGAAUGCGAGAGUGAUGAUCCUGAUGAAGCUAAAUUAAUGCUGGAAGAGUUGCUUAAUCAAAAUGGGAUUUGUUUUUCUUAUUCCCAGGUCUCAAAAUUCGCCAUAUUUAGAUCAGGGAAGCUGCCUGAAUUCAAGUAAGCCUUACCAAAUUCUUUGAAAUUGUUUUUCUUGAGUUGUUGGGCAUGUAAAUCUAAAUUAUUGUAUCUGGUGAAUCUUGAAAUAUGAUGUAUGCUUGAGAAAACAGUCUAGUUGGUUAGCCAUUGAUUCAAUUCAUGUAAUUUUGAGGCUAUUGAGUUUGAUGGUUUAGAACGUAGAAGUGGUACUCCAAAUUGUCGUGAAAAACAAAAAUUUGUAAUGCUGAAUUCGAUUUGUCUGGCUUGAAACCGUUCAAGAGGCAUAUUUGAUUGCACAA